UACCUGUGAUGACACGACACAGUUGGAUGCGGUUGAAUUUUCCAAUGAAUCGGGAGAGACAGGGGUUUGAGUGGCUGGUCAGUGAGUAGCUGAGUUUGGUUUAACACUGCUUUCAAGAGGAUUCCAGUAACAGAGACAACAUUCUCCAGGAGAGAUGGGUAUGGUGCCCAGGUUAUGGUUCCUCUAUAGCAUACCUUGCAUAUGCAUUACUAUGUACCUCUGCUGGAACCUCGGCGCAAUGACAUCAAAGCCUCAAUUACGUAGAUUCUGUCAGCAAUUCAUGAAGGGACACGAAACAAUGAGAGGGACAAUGAGUGAGUUCAUAACAGAGCAAACAAUGUCACAUACCGCGAGGCCUACAACACCUGCUUCAAGGACAAGACCUGUUUCUUCAGAUUUCUAUAAAACAACAGUAAAUGGCAACAACAUUAACCAUCAAAUUGAAAAUCACUUCACUAUGCUGAAAAACGAGACAAAAGACCCUUUCGUCAACCAGCAUCUGUUUUCCUUCAUUCACACUUCAGAAGCAUGUUCUGAGAGAAGCAUUUUCUUAUUAAUGGUGGUACAUUCUGCUGCCAUGAACUACAAUAAGAGAGAUAUGAUCCGAACAACUUUCGGGUCUGUUAAAUCCUACAGGGACAAACGCCUAGCAGUUGCCUUUAUUUUGGGAACUGUUGAACAACAAACCCUGCAGGAUUCCAUAAACAGAGAAUCACAACUUCACCAUGAUAUUGUUCAGGGUAAUCUCCUAGACAGUUAUAAAAAUCUCAGUAGAAAGCAUAUUAUGGCCAUGCACUGGGUCAAAUAUAACUGUAACUCGACAUAUAUUCUUAAGUUAGACGAUGACACAUUUGUUAACCCUUAUAGAAUUAUAGAUUUUUUACUAAAAGAAAAUCCUCAGGGAAUGUCGAUGUAUUGCAAAGUCAUCUCUGGUGACGUGCCAAAUAGGAGAAAAUAUUCUAAAUGGUACACGCCUGUAUCCCAGUAUCCAUUUCCCAAAUUACCACCUUAUUGUCUCGGGUUUGCUUACAUAACAACACAAAUAGCUUGGAACGCCUUGUACAAAGCUUCAGAAACUUGCCGCAUCACGAACAUGGAUGACCUGUAUGUCAGUGUUGUGUUGGCCAUGAAGGCUGGGGUGAAGAAGAGAAGCUUCGAGAACUUGCUGUACAAAUGUCCUAAACCUGCUUCAAGGAUGACUGAGAGAGUGUUGAAUGAGAAAGCAAUUGUUUUAGACAUAAGAAACAAGUGUGGAGAUAUUCCGUUUACAUUCUUUCCAAGACUGCAAGAAAUGAAUGGUUUUGAUUAGCAAAGUUUCAUUCGGAAUAGAUGGGAUAAACUACCUAUCAAUCGUACAUGUGAAGAUAACACGAUGCAACCUGUGUUUUGUCCGUCUUUGUCACGUCAUCUGCAAGAAAUCCUGUGUUAGCUUUGGUAAGGGCCUUAGGUAGUGAAAAGGUU